GGGUGUGUACGUCAUCAUGACAUCACUUCGAAGAAUCCCCGCCCCUCUACACCAGUAGCGGAAGUUCUGUUGAUAUUCUUGGACAGCAAGUGCACCCCUUACAGUGUAUGUGUGGCAACAACAUGUCUCUGCCGCUGCUUGCCGAGGCUGUGACGGUGUCCGGGACAGAGAAGGAGACCGCUGCGGUGAUCUUCCUUCAUGGUUUGGGUGACUCAGGGCAUGGCUGGGCAGAUGCCAUGACGGCUAUCCGACUGCCACAUGUAAAGUAUAUCUGCCCCCACGCGCCCAGAAUCCCCGUCACUCUCAAUAUGAAGAUGACCAUGCCCUCAUGGUUUGACCUGAUGGGUCUCAGUCCAGAUUCUCCAGAGGACGAGGCUGGCAUCAAGAGGGCAGCGGAGAACAUCAAGGCCAUAAUCGACCAUGAGGCGAAGAAUGGGAUACCCGCCAAUCGUGUGCUGCUUGGAGGGUUCUCUCAGGGUGGGGCUCUGUCCUUGUAUACCGCUCUCACCUGUCAGCAGCAAUUGGCGGGCGUGGUCGCUCUCAGUUGCUGGUUACCGCUUCACAAGAGUUUCCCACAGGCGGCGAGUGCCAGUGGGAACAGAGACAUGGCCAUACUGCAGUGUCACGGGGAGAUGGACCCCAUGAUCCCAGUGCAGUUUGGGGCCAUGACGGCCGAGAAGCUCAAGGUCAUCGUCAACCCUCAGAAAAUCACCUUCCGGACCUACCCGGGACUCAUGCACAGCUCCUGUCCUCAGGUAGAAGGGGAUUUUGGUUGUAACAUGCAUGAGUAUCAAUGUUCUAUAUGUGUUAAUAUUUUUCUAUGAGUAUCGGUGUGGAAGUAUUCAUGGUGUUCGGUUUCUUUAUAAGCCUCUUUAUUUUGAUUUUGCAGGAGAUGGKYGCAGUGAAGGAAUUCAUUGAGAAGCAGUUGCCCCGAAUCUGACCUCACCUCAACCCCACUGUGACCCUUAGACACUGACUUCUCACCUCUGACCUGCCAUUCUCCCACUGGAAACAGCCAUGAGCACUGCCCCCUCCCUCCCCAUACAUACACAGUAACACUUACUUUCACAUAUCAUCGUCAUAUACACAUAAUACAUUCCAUAAAAAUCCAACCAACGCACAUCAUACUGGACACACCAUUUAUAAACGCACAUUUGUUAACACACUGAAGUGCACACACAAGUCUUACCUUUUUGAGCGAGAAUCACGCACUCACACAGUACAUUCCCCUGGGAUUCUUUUCUCUCUUAUCCAACCCGCCAUUGUCCCUUCUUUCUUUCUCUCAAUCUCUCUCCUCUCAUAACCUCCACUCCUGUUUCCCUCCUAUGCUGUGUGUGUCAGUGAGUCAGUCAGUCAGUGAAGCAGUCAGUGUGCAGGUGGCCCUGUUGCUAGAUGCCACCCGGUGUCAGAGAGCCUGGCUCAGGUUCAGCAGCCUGUGGUUCUGGUCCUCAGGCCCCGAGGUCUGGAGUGACUCUGGUGCCGUCUGGAGUGACUCUGGUGCCGUCUGGAGUGACUCUGGUGCCGUCUGGAGUGACUCUGGUGCCACGCUGCUCUGCAUGCUAUUCCCAACGGGUUCACGGCCACUGGUGGGGUUGUGGUCACACCCCAGCUACUCAUGGGAUGCCCCUGUUACUCCUGGGCGCCUCUACUUGUGCUGAUUCUUCAAAUAUCUGACAUUAUUACAACAACAAAAAAUGAAAUAAAGGAAACCUAUGGAUCAUUA